AUGGUUCAAUCAUCUGCGGCCGCCUUGUGGUGGAUGCAAUCCAGUAGUAGAAUAAUCGGCGGUAAAUUGGAUAAAAUAGAAAAUAAUCCCUGGUUGAUAUCGAUAUCUAGUCGUGAAUUUGGAGGACAUUUUUGCGGUGGUUCCUUGCUCACCCCUUCAUGGGUUUUUACAGCGGCGCACUGUUUGAAUGAUAUAAAGUCUCAGGAGGAUCUAGUGGUGCGAGCUGGAUCAGACAACAAGAAUUCCGGGGGAGUAAUGCGAAAGGUGAGACGUUUUAUAAAGCAUCCCGAUUUCGAGCGUGCUUCACCACUGGAUAUGGACUAUGGGCUCAUAGAGACACGGAGACCGUUUGAACUAGGUCCAAAAGUAGCUGCUAUUCAAUUAGCCAGUUAUGAGCAUCCUCUACGUAUUGACCAACAGUGUAAAAUCGCCGGUUGGGGCUUAACGAAAGAUCCAACACAAGAACAUCGACCGUUGAAAAGUGCCAUCGUGAAAAUAGGAAGCAUUGAAGACUGCAGGAAGAAAUACUAUCCAGAGGUAAUUACGAGCAAUAUGAUCUGUGCUGGAGGAGGUGGCAACGAUGCUUGUCAGGGAGACUCAGGUGGUCCAAUUGUUUGCAAUGACAUGCAAUUCGGAGUCGUUUCUUGGGGGAGAGAGUGCGGCUUAGCUGAUUACUAUGGCAUCUACGCUAGUGUUUCAGUUGUUCGGAGCUGGAUUUUUGACUAUGUUGGUGUUUGA